GCCAGCAAAGGACACAUUUUAAUGUCCCAGUCAAGAUACGAACACAGCAAGGAAUGCAAAAAUGCAUCUUCUCAGCUUUUUUCUUUUGGCAAUGAUGGUCGCAAAGAGCAGUCAACUACAAUUAAAUGACUGUGGGUUGAAUUUAAGACGCCCAGCAUACACUGAUAUCUCAGUAACUUGCGGCACCAAAUCUAUUGGCCUUGCUAUCCUCAUCUGCCCUGCCAUUUACACUGGCUACAACGAGUCCCUGCUUAUCCUCAACAACAUCAUGAAUGACCCAGCCUGCAAGGGAACCCUGGAUGAAAGUGUGACUCCACCGGUCGUGAGGUUUGAAUUCCCCAUCAACACGACCAAUUCUUGUGGCAGCCUCUUCAGGACAACCAGUGCUCCAGGCACAGGGAUAUUUUCUGACUUCUCCAACAUCCAGACAGUCAACAUCAGCGGUGUGGUCCGAUCAUAUGAUCCCACCACAGGGACAGUCACUUACAACACUGAGUUGAAGUAUUUUUACUCCUGUGCCUAUCCCCUAGAGUACCUGAUCAACAACACCCAGAUUGAUACGUCGGCAUCCUCCAUUGCAGUGAAGGACAACAAUGGUAGUUUCAUCAGCACUUUGAGCAUGAAUCUCUUCAGUGAUGUCAAUUUCACCUUACCCUUGGUCAUUCCAGAACAGGGUCUUGACCUGAGGACUGAAGUCUUUGCCCAAGUCAAGGCCACCAACCUGACCUCCCAGUACAAUGUGCUCCUGGACCGAUGCUACGCCUCCAUUUCUCCUCUACCCACUAACUCCACUUUCUUCAACCUGUUUGUCCCUUGCAACACUGACCUACUAACCAUCAUCCAUGAGAAUGGAAAGAGUCAACGCGCCCGCUUCUCCUUCCCGGCCUUCCGCUUCAUGAAGCAGCAGAAUGAGAUGAAGUCCACCUACUUCCUCCACUGCAUCACCCGUCUCUGUGAGAAGAGCAGCUGCAGUACCUUCAUGCAAUGUAACAGAAGGAGGAGAAGGAGUGUUGUUCCUGCUACCGAAGAUGGAGUGACAGAGUACAAAACCCUCACCUCCCCUCCUAUCACUAUCAGAGCAGAGAGCAUUGUGGCAUUAAAAGAACAGCAGACUGCCAGCAAGAACUCAGACACUUCUACAGGUCUUGGGGUGACAGUGUGUAUCCUGGCCUUCGCCUGCAUCAUUGUUAUUAUUAUGGCAGCCAUCUUCUACAGGAGACUGAACCACUAAAGGGUAGACUGCUCGACGGCACUGUCCCUUUAAAUAUUGUGUCCACCUGCUGGUCUCACUACUGUGCCAGAGGACUGAUCUCAGCUAAUCAUAACUUUUUCACAUUUGUUUACAUUUGGCAAUAGCAAGAACUUGUUGUUGCUAAAGAAUAAAAAAUGCAUCUUUUAGAAAGUUUAUGUGAAGAGAGUCAUACGCAGGUAGUGUAACCCUAGUGCUUUAAUCCCUUGAUAAGAGCUUGAGAAUGGAGGAGCAUGUACAAUUGUCAUUUUUUAACAGAAAACCAUUCUACUAAAUUGAUCUUACUGAAAUGAAUUGUAUCUGUGUUUGUCACAAAAAAUAACACAUUUGAAAAUAAACCUUUAGGUAUUAUGUUUUAAAUGUAUCUUAUUGCUUUAUGCUAAUAAAACAUUACCACCUCCACAUCUUUAUCAACA